AUGAAUGGAUUGAAAACUAUCACUAGAAUGAAUGGAUUAUUGUUAUUUUCUAUAGGAAUGCAGGUCGAACAAGACGACCAAGAGUUUACUACUCAAGUCGAUCAGGCCAAGGUGUCCCAUGAAGGUUUGGAAUUUCAGACGUGGGAAGAGGCUCGUGAUUUCUACAGUACGUAUGCCAAAAAAGCAGGCUUUAGCACUCAUACUCAAAAUUGCAAAAAAAAUAAACAAACCAAUGCAUUUGUGCGGAAGAUGUUCACUUGCUCGAAGGAAGGAAAACAAAUGAAUUCUGCAAAAAUAAACGCAAAUAUGCUGAGGUUCGAACAGGGGAAAGGAAAAGGGGAGAGACGAGAUGUGGUUGUAGUCAAAGAGGUUUGGGUUGUGAAGUAUUUCAUAGAACAACAUAAUCAUCCACUGGUUACCCCUAGGAAGGUUCAUUUGCUUAGAUCUCAUCGUGGUGCGUCGACUACGAAAAGAGCACUAAUGCAAGAUUGUAAACACUUUGAGUUUGAAGGAUUUCUUUUCCGACACAUGCUAUGUUGGAUGAGGGUCGAACAAGUGAUGCUCGUACCGAAAAAGUACAUUAAAGAACGAUGGACAAAGAAUGCAAGGAACAACCUUAUUUAUGCAACGUCACAUAAUCUUGUAGCAGGCCAGUCUAUCCUAGGUAGACGCGGGACAUUGAUGAAAUUAGCACGAGAGCUCAUAGAAGAAGCAUCGUUGACAGAGGCCAGGAGCAAAUUGCUUAUGGAAAAAGUCAAAGUUUUGAAGAUUGAGAUAGGUGGAAUUGUUGUAGAAGAAUGCACAAUUAAACCUUCGAGCAUAAUAGAAAGUGGGGAUGAGGUUGUUCGAGUAAGCGACCCUGAGCCUGAAACGAAAAAUCUAUGUUGCAGAGUUCCCGAACAUGUAGUUUCUGUCAUCGAAUUGGCCAUGAUAGGCGCAAAUGCCCCGACUUGUCGGUCUUGGAUAAUAUAUUUCGAUAGGCCUCUA